AUGAGCUCCGGCUUGAAUGCCUUGUUGGAAAACGAGGAUUUGGUCGACGUUACUCUGGCCGUCGAAGGCAAGUUCUUCAAAGCGCACCAAAUGGUUCUCUCGGUUUGCAGUCCCUAUUUCAAGGAGCUCUUCAAGACGAAUCCGUGCCAGCAUCCGAUCGUGUUCUUGAAAGAUGUUAGUUAUGUAGCCAUUAGUGAUCUGCUACAGUUCAUGUACCAAGGAGAGGUACAAGUUAGUCAGGAUAAUUUAACUACCUUCAUUAAGACUGCAGAGGCCUUGCAAAUCAAAGGCCUCACCGGAGACGGAAAUGGUACUGAUGCCGACUCUGAACCAACUCAAGAGAAGCCAGAAAGACAAGCCGAAGAACCUUACAAACCUAUUGCCAGACCAAAAAAAGCACACCCAGCCCCCAUAGUAACCACAACUCCUGCUGUCAAAAAACCGCGAUUAAGUCUAUCUUCCAAUGAUCAACCGGCCCCCGCUCCUAUUACCAAAACUGAACCCGCAAUUGAACCUUCGCAAUUUAAAGUUGAACCAUUUGAUCCGAGCCAAUCUGUAACUAUUCCUGACGAUGGCGAUGAAACCUUUGGCGAUGAAACACUUGACGAUACUACAGUUGACGACAAUGAGGAUUAUUCUAUGAUGGAAGGUGAAGAACCCCAAGCUGGAACCAGUACCGACGGAGCAGGCGAAGGACAAGGGAAAAGCAAUUGUGAAAAAAGAAUAUCAGAGAUAAACAUUAAAAUUGACAGGCUGGUAGAAAUGUUAUGCUCAAAUAAUUGGCCGUUGACAAAAGCUAAAUUUGAUGCGCAGAUGCAGAUGUUUCCCAUUGGAAACGUUGGCGAUUUAGAAAAACUAGAAAAAGAUUUGGAAAAUAAAGAAUUUGAAAUGAAAGUAUUUGGACACCUCUCGAAAAUUGUUGGUACCGGAAUGCCUUGGAAAUCGGCAUGCUACAAAGUAUGUGGCACGCUAAUCACAAAAGAUCUUCUGACAAAAUACUCGUGGACUGGAUUGAGUAGGACCACUCAAAAGCAAGCUUUCAACAAACUAACUAACUUACUGGACGUCUUUUAUAGAACAGUUUCGAUAGCAGAUAGCUCCUUCACCUACGCCCAAAGGGAUUCGUUUUUCAGAGAUGCAGUCCUAAAACAUAGUCAUACCAGACUUUAUGGUCCCAAAAAGAAAACAAAAGAUGCUAAAUCAUCGGAAAACUAUGACCAAGAUAAAUCAAAUGAAGUAUUUCCUAAAAUGGAGGAUGGAUUGGACUCAGACGAGAGUGAAUAA